AUCUACAUUUUUGCUAAGCUUAGUCUCAACACAAGGAAACGCCUUUUUUGGCCUGCCGUCGUCAACAAACCAUGACUUUUGAUUAUGAGAAAGAAUCUCAUCAGGUUGACAGUGACAUUUUCUUCAAAUAGCCUUGCUAUCUAACGUUAGCUACUCACUCUUGACAAAAGAGCCCGGUCUGACUUGCGUUUUAUGUCAGUUUAUUGAAUGCGCUGGAAAUACAAAUAUGAAACGAAUACUCACUUGUAGAUUCAUUAGCGUUAAGUUACGUAUCACAAGCUGCCGAGAGUGAGGCCAAGGCCCAGGCAGCCCAAGGAGAGCAGCGCCAUGAUGGAGGGCGGCAUGCAGCUGCUGAACCGCGAUGGCCACAGCAUCUCGCACAACUCCAAGCGGCACUACCACGACUCCUUCGUGUCCAUGAACCGCAUGCGGCAGCGCGGCCUGCUUUGCGACAUCGUGCUGCACGUGGCCAGCAAGGAGAUCAAGGCGCACAAGGUGGUGCUGGCCUCCUGCAGCCCCUACUUCCACGCCAUGUUUACCAGUCACCACCCGACGAGCCUCUCCCGCCUCCCCUCCUCUCCCCUGCGCCUCCGACUAGAUGAUGAGAUGUCGGAGAGUCGACAGACACACGUCACCCUCCACGACAUCGACUCGCAAGCUCUGGAGCAGCUGGUGCAGUACGCCUACACGGCCGAGAUUGUGGUGGGAGAGGGCAACGUGCAGACGCUGCUCCCCGCCGCCAGCCUCCUGCAGCUCAACGGGGUGAGGGACGCCUGCUGCAAGUUCCUCCUGAGCCAGCUGGACCCCUCCAACUGCCUGGGCAUCCGCGGCUUCGCCGACACGCACUCCUGCAGCGACCUGCUCAAGUCCGCCCACAAGUACGUCCUGCAGCACUUCGUGGAGGUGUCCAAGACAGAGGAGUUCAUGUUGCUGCCCCUCAAACAGGUGCUCGACCUGAUCUCCAGUGACAGCCUGAACGUGCCGUCAGAGGAGGAGGUGUACCGGGCGGUGCUCAGCUGGGUGAAGCACGACAUCGACAGCCGACGGCAGCAUGUCCCUCGGCUGAUGAAGUGUGUGCGUCUGCCUCUGCUGACGCGGGACUUCCUGAUGAGUAAUGUGGACACGGAGCUGCUGGUGCGCCACCACUCCGAGUGUAAGGACCUGCUCAUCGAGGCGCUCAAGUACCACCUCAUGCCCGAGCAGAGGGGCGUGCUGAGCAACAGCCGCACGCGCCCGCGCCGCUGUGAGGGGGCCAGCCCCGUCCUCUUCGCUGUGGGUGGGGGCAGUUUGUUUGCCAUCCACGGGGACUGUGAGGCCUACGACACAAGGACUGACCGCUGGCAUAUGGUGGCAUCCAUGUCAACAAGGCGGGCGCGGGUUGGCGUGGCGGCCAUCGGAAACAAACUGUAUGCCGUGGGAGGGUACGAUGGAACCUCUGACUUAGCAACCGUUGAGUCAUACGACCCGGUUACCAAUGCCUGGCAGCCGGAGGUUUCAAUGGGCACCCGGCGCAGCUGUCUGGGUGUGGCGGUGCUGCACGGGCUACUGUAUGCUGCCGGGGGCUACGAUGGAGCGUCCUGCCUCAACAGUGCUGAGCGAUACGACCCUCUGACCAGCACCUGGACCUCCAUCUCCGCCAUGAGCACCCGCAGGAGAUACGUCCGAGUAGCAACAUUAGAUGGCAGUCUGUAUGCUGUUGGUGGUUAUGACAGCUCCUCCCAUCUAGCCACAGUGGAGAAGUAUGACCCCCAGAGUAACGCCUGGACAGCCAUCGCCAACAUGCUGAGUCGCCGUAGCAGCGCAGGGGUUGCUGUGCUGGAGGGUAUGCUCUACGUCGCCGGGGGCAACGACGGCACCAGCUGCCUCAACUCGGUGGAACGUUACAACCCCAAGACCAACACAUGGGAGGGCGUGGCUCCCAUGAACAUCCGCAGGAGCACGCACGACCUGGUGGCCAUGGACGGCUGGCUGUACGCGGUGGGCGGCAACGACGGCAGCUCCAGCCUGAACUCCAUCGAGAAGUACAACCCGCGCAGCAACAAGUGGGUGGCGGCCUCCUGCAUGUUCACGCGGCGCAGCAGCGUGGGCGUGGCCGUGCUGGAACUGCUCAACUUCCCGCCGCCGUCCUCGCCCACGCUCUCCGUCUCCUCCACCAGCCUUUGACAACGAGUCAAGAUCCGGCUAAGCCCCGCCAGCCUGCCCUGCGUGGCCAAGCAGCGCAACUGCUCCGUCUGAGGGGUGGUGUGUGUGUGGGACUGUGUAUGUGUGGGGGGGGGGGGGGGUUGUGGUCAUCCACCGAAGGCCCAGCGCCCUUAUCCAUCGAGGGGCCCCACACCCUUCUUCGUAAGCAGAGUGAAGCCAACCCGUUCAAAGCUCAACCUCCAACAACUUCUGUCUGUAGAUGGCUGGCAGAAGCAUUCCUUGGAGAGGGAAAGGUAAUGAUAAAAGAACCAAAAGAAAUCACGCAAAAAAACGAAAAAGAAAAAAACAACCUUAAAGUUAGCUAAAUUAAACACCCCUUACUGCCUUGAGAAUCUUAACCUCACAAACCCUUCCCCUUCCCAUACGGCCUCCUAUCCUCCCCUGCCCCUUACGCUUGAGCGUGCAACAAUACUGUCACUUGAUUUGCGGUCACUUUAAAGUGUUAUAUGUCUUGUGGGUUUUCUUUUUCUUUUACCCCCUUGUUCGUUCUCUGUGUCUUAUUUAAAAAAAAGAUAUCAUGAUAUUGCAAUAAUAUAUUACAAGAUGAAUGAAUGAAGGAAUGAUUUCACUUAGGAAUGUUGCUAUUGGCCGGAUCUGCCAUGCAUGUUUGCUGCGAUUCCUUUCUUGGCAGAAACUUCAGAAAUUAGGGGGGAAAAAUGCGUAGUGCUACCAUGCCACACUAGGUGGCAGUGAUGUGCAAUGUCUCCCUCUCACUGCAGAUGUGCAUGGACACCAGGAGGCGAAAUCUAUGCCUCCACACUAAACAACAGUUCACAGACGCUGAAAAAAGGUUUUGAUUUUAGAGUUUACUGUAAUUGUAUUUUCUUAUUGGUGACGUGUGGAGUCGUUAGAGAGAAAAAAAAAAGAAAUUUUAAAGACAUGACUCAAAGUUCAGGUGGACCACUACUGCCCUUGUAAAGGAAGCCAUAUAGUUGAUUUCAUCACCUGUUAAUGUUCAGUAAGUUCGAAGCCACCGAGAGAUUAAUCAUGGAUAAGUUCGGACGUUAUUUCCAUUCUCCGUUUCUGUGGUCGUUUAAAGCGUAACACGCAGUCAGAGACUCCUGUUUCCUCUCGGACACAUUUUCAUCUCUUAUAAGUUCAAAAAAAUGGUUCUCAUUGUCCGCUGGUACAACAUGGUUGACUUAACUAAUUUAUUUUAUGACUGAAAGAAAAAGAACAAACUCCUGCCUUGUAGUCACACACCUGACCUAAUCGUGUGCUGUCUUUCAGGAGGCAUACCUCAUCCACACCACUAACUGGGAUAGGCAAGGAGUGUUUUGGGCAGCACAUUUCCUUGAAUGCAGUCGGUUUUAAACUUGCCCUGGUGCACGCUGUAAGCACUCCAGAAUUAGUGGUCCCCAACUGUCCUUGAUUUUCAACUCGUUACAGAGCUCUAUAUUUCUCUGAGGAAAGGUGUAUGUGAAGUGUUUUUGAAUGUUUUUUUUUUUUUUUUUAACUCAGUGAGUGGAGAGUGUUUUAGGAGAACAAGCAGGGCAGUGGCGUCGUCACGUCACUGAAUAUGUCAGGUCAAACGCACAGGUUCGUCAGAGCUGGGUUAUCAGUGGAGGAGUUUCUUCACUCGGUUGUUGUUGUGUAGUGUCGAUACAAACAUGUAGCAUAAUACAGUAAGAUCGCAAACUUCUAAGAAGUUACAAGUCUUUUUUUCCUUUUUUUGAAGGAUUUUUGUUUAUGUAAUCUCAACCAACAGGUCAGUAGAGAGCGGCUGCAUAAAUAUGAGCGAGCGGAAGGUUCCAGAAAUGUUUAUAGCUGUUACGGGUCUUGUUCACAAUGAGAUCAACAACAGUGAACACACAACUGUAAUAGGACUCAAGACUACAGCCUUCCCAAAACAAAAGUGCAGAAAGAAAACAAAGAGAAAGUAUGUACAUAACCAAAUACCUAUAAAACUCUGUACUAAACAUUUUUUUGUGCAAUGUUGAAGUAAAAGUGGGCUUCAUUUCUGUUGAAAAGAAUUGUUGUUUAAAUGUGUUGUGAGGUAUUGUUUAUUUAUAUUGUGAUGUUCUGUUUGUUAUAUUUAUGAAGAAACUGAAAAAAAUUGAAAUUUUGCACUAUUGUUAAAUGGAGCAAUACACUACUGUAUAAUAAUUCUAAGAGAGAAAAAUAAAUACGAUUCCAGGUGA